AUGCCGGCCUACCACUCAACACUGAUGGAAUCGGAUACCAAAUUGAUUGGCAAUAUGGCCAUGUUGCCAAUUAAAAGCCAGUUCAAAGGCCCGGCGCCUAAAGAAACUAAGGACACGGAUAUCAUUGAGGAGGCCCUCUACUACUUCAAAGCAAAUGUGUUUUUUAAAAAUUAUGAAAUUAAGAAUGAAGCAGACAGAACUUUGAUAUACAUAACGCUCUACAUUUCCGAAUGCUUAAAAAAGCUACAAAAGUGUAAUUCUAAAGGCCAGGGAGAGAAAGAAAUGUACACGUUAGGAAUUACUCAAUUCCCAAUUCCAGGGGAACCUGGCUUCCCACUCAAUGCAAUGUAUACGAAGCCUGCAAACAAGCAAGAGGAUGAGGUGAUGAGAGCGUACCUGCAGCAGUUAAGGCAAGAAACUGGUCUAAGGCUCUGCGAAAAAGUGUUUGAUCCUCAGAAUGAUAAACCUAGCAAGUGGUGGACCUGCUUUGUGAAGAGGCAGUUUAUGAACAAGUCUCUCUCUGCGCCUGGACAAUGA